AUGGAGCAUUUUUGGCAAACGAUAUGUGAUAUCUUUCAAAACACACUUAUGUUCAUCUUAACCACAGAAUUAAUAAUUGGAAACUUAGGAAAUGGAUUCUUGGCACUGGUAAACUGCCUGAGCUGGGUCAAGAGAAAAAAGAUCUCAUUCGUAAAUCAAAUCCUCACUGCUUUGGCUGCUUCCAGAAUUUGUCUGCUCUGGUUAUUGUACACAGCUUCAUUAAUCUCUUUUCUGAAUCCAGAUUUAAUGAUGACUGCAAGAGUGACAAAAGUCCUUAGUAAUUUAUGGAUUAUAGGCCAUCAUUUCAGCAUCUGGCUUGCUACGUGCCUCGGUAUUUUUUAUUUUCUCAAGAUAGCCAAUUUUUCUAACUCCCUUUUUCUUUAUUUGAAGUGGAGAGUUAAAGAGAUGGUUUCAGUAAUACUGUUGGUGUCCCUGGUCCCCUUGUUUUUACAUAUUUUACUGGUCAACUUGCAUAUUAAUAUAUGGAUAAACGAAUCUCAGAGAAACGUAUCUUACCACUUCCGUUACCAUAAACCUGCAGAAUUUUAUAGGCACAUGUUAAGCCUCCAUACUUUGUUCCUGUCUGUUCCCUUUGGCGUGUACCUGUCAUCUUUCCUUCUGCUCAUCUUCUCCUUGUGGACACAUCACAAGAAGAUGCAGCAGCAUGUCCAAGGAUGCAGAGAUGCUGGCACCAUGGCCCACCUCAGAGCCUUGCAGACUGUGAUUGCCUUUCUUCUGUUAUACACCACUUUUUUCUUGUCUAUUUUUGUACAAAUUUGGAAGUAUGAGUUACUGGAGAAAAAUAUUUUCAUUUUAUUUUGUCAGGUGUUUGCCCUAGCUUUUCCUUCAGUCCACUCAUGUGUCCUGAUUCUGGGAGAUAUGAAACUGAGACAAACUUCUCUCUCUGUGCUCUGGUGGGUGAUAUGCAGACCCAACAAAUGUGGGGACCUCAGGUCCCUAAAACAUUGGAGAUCAUGUCGCAAAUUCUAG